AUUUUCUUUAACAUACAGUGUGCCGUUUGAUGUGGUGCGGGGAGGUAGUGCUGCACGAGUACUCCCACUCCUUGUAUGAAUGUUAUUAAAAUGUGCGAUUUUUUUUACUGAUUGUAAAAACCACGUAUAGAUGUCAGUGCGCACUUUUUCGACGCAAACCACGAAUGCAGUAAUUCAAGAAAAAAAGUCCUGGAUACUAUUGGAGGCAAAUUAGUUUUUUUCUAUGGAUUUAACUAUUCAGAGGAGCAUGCAGCACACGGCAACAUGACUGGUAGAAGCAUGAAUCGCUUCACUGCCUUGUUGGCCCCAGCAACCUAUUCUUCAAGAACCCUGUGCUGCGUCAGGUACCUCCAUGUAAAUCUGGCAGUCAUUAAGUGCUGCCCCCCAGUCGCACUUGCUGCAUCCUGGUCGUAACUAUCAAGUGUUGUCAUAGCCAAGUUGAGGUUCUUGAUGUUUAGUUCCCUGUGAAAGAGAAGCAUUUUCUUGAUGUCAUUGGCAGAUUGGAAGGGAUGAGUUGUGGACUGUGUUCAGGGAGACCACAGGAACAUGUCGGUGCAUAGCACUUUAGAAGACAAGUGUAGUUUUCUCACAGUCGCCUAGGCCGCUAAAGUCAGCACAUGACUUUUGGUUAUUCUUAGGCAGCGUCCUACUUUAUUUUCAAUAUGGACGCCAGCAACGAGUUCAAGGUCUUCCUUUCGCCCUCGAGUGGUUCCUCUUCCUCGAAAUUGAAGAAGGGCGAAGGCGAGGGUGGCAGUGGCAGCAGCAGCAGCAGUGGGGUGAGACAGAGAUUGGUGCCUGUCAUCAACAAGGUGUUCUCGCCCUCCCACUUCAUGCUGGCGCAAAGGAAGACCACUGUUUACAAGGCAGUCUCGGGUGUCUCCUUUCAGGAUAUAGACAUCGGGGGAAAGAAAAAGUCCACCAGCAAGCGAGACAAGAAGGAUAAGCCCCAUAAGAAAGAGCAAAUCUACACGACGGGUAGCGAGGGCGAGAGAUCCUUGCUGAGUACGAAGAGCGACAGGUCAGUGUUAAGUGGUGUAAGUGCCAAGGCACUGCUAGUAGGCAAGGGUGAGGCCCAGGGAGAAAGCAAGAGGCAUCGUCACAGCCUUGGUAGCCACGCUGAACGACCUUCAACUUUCCUCAGUGAUAAUUUAGAAAAACUUGGUUUCGGCUGUAACGACAAAAAGAAUCGCGUGAGGUCAGCUUCAAGGACGCGUAGCGUGAGUGCCACUGAUAAUCUCUAUCUCUCGAAGGUCGGUGAUAUCAACCUCGAUAAUCCUCCGGAAAAGACACGAAGAUCACGUUCGGCUUCACGCCCUUACAGAUCGAAGUCAAAAGUGUUACUGCCUUCGGGUAGCAAGAUUAACACUGGCAGCUUCAGUGAUACGAAAAAACACAAUUAUAGCGACGCUGAGAAGGAAGAGAGUGAACAGAAGAAUGAGGGUGAGGGAAAUGGUACUAAAGAUAAGUCAAAGAAGCAAGAUGAAAGAAAAGAAAAAGAUAACGACUGUGAAAUAGAUGACGAGGAUGCUUAUGGCCGAUCUCGGGCAAGAAGAAAGUCUGAAAGGAGUGGAAAAUCUGAAAACUCCGGUGAUAGGAGCAGGUUAGAACUCGUUAAGCAUACAAAAGAUGGAAUGAAGAACGAAGAUGAAGAACCUGAAGGUGGAUACUUCAGCUUAGAAAAGGAAGAGAAAGGUGGUAGUGAUAUCACAUUCAUUUACGAGGCGCUGCCAACGAACUCUUCUGAGGAGUAUGUGGAGAACGACCAGUGUGUGGAAGCUAUUUACGUAUGUCAGGUGUUCAAGAAGGAUUCCGACAACGAAGAUGAGGAAGAUGAGCACAUCUAUGAGAAUUACCAAGUGAUAAAGAUGACAAAGGACGGCAAAUUGAUCAAUGACAACGACAUAAACUACGAAAACUAUCAGAUCAUCCGGCGGGUGAAGGAACAGGAGUUAUGUGAUGUCCCAAUGAAGGCAACAGAUGGCCGCAAUCAAGAUGAAGACCUGUAUGAGGCCAUGAGCUUCAUAAGCCAAAACCCCCUGGCUUUGACACAGACAACAGCCACACAAGCCAGGCUUAAGAGACAAAAAGAAUGCCAGCGACCUCUUGGCUCCAUUGAUUCCAUCCCUUUCAUCGAUGACAGUGACAAUUCAGCAGAUGAGAACGCACUCCGGAACCCUGUGUCCGGAGGCUUAGUGCCUCGGAGUAGUGUCACCGUUAUUACCAUAGAAGAUGACGGUAUGGAAAUUACUCAAAAGGUAAGCCCUCUGCGAACAAAGCCCCCGCAGCUUCGUUCUCAAGAUGGGCUCAAAGGUGCACCAACUAAUGCUAAACAUGAUGCCAUUUCAAAUGAAGAAAGAGCAGAUGGAGAAGAGGUGAGUGGUGAUGUGAAGAAAACGACGCCUUCAGAGACACUGACAUCCAAACGGCCGACUAGAUACUCCUACCCGGCAGCUGCACCUUUUAUUCCCAAACUGUGUGAUAAGAUUGGCCUAAAGUUAGCACGAUUUUCUCCCCCUUCCGAGGAAGCAGGAAGCACAGCCAAUGUAGGAAGGAAGGUCGAAAUGAAAGUGAAAAAAAGCAUGAGUGAUAACGACGUACAGACUCGCCUCAAGACUAAAGGCAAUGUACAGGUCCUCUCUGAAUCCUUCUCUGACGAUGAUAUUCGACAGAAUGAGGAGUUUGAAUCAUUCUCCGAAACAGAUUCUGAUUUAGAUAAUCUGGAUUAUGACAUGUUCACCCCGAAGGCAGGAAAGAGUGGCGGAAGUAGAUCCCCGCUGAAGAACAGAAAGAAGCCACGGGAAAGAUCAUUUUCUGCAUCGCAUGCAAGUCCCUCGAUGUCAGUGUCCAGCAGGAAAUUCUCUGAUACAUGUGGAUUGUCUUUACGAGACCCCAACACAUCAAGUGAUCAUGAGUCGCCAAAGACUUUCCAAGACCUCCUAGGCGACAAAUACUUGAACCCUCCAGAGACUGACGUAGACUCCCAGUGUGGAGAAGGAAUAAAGUUGGAUAAAGUGGCUCCGUUAAUAAUUCGAGAGACAAGCGACAUCACCCUGCGGGGUCCUCGUGAAAUGGUGGUGAGUGUCCAAAGCACUGGAGGUACGACGGUCGAAGUCGGGGACCAGGUCAUUGUAGACGAUUCCCUCUCCUUUACGUGGUCCGAUGCAGAGAGUGAGUUUGAAUUCAUCGAUUUUAACAAAGUGGACCCUCCGAAGACUUGCGUGGUGUAUCAGGGAGUGACAGUGGUAACCAGUGUUGGUGCCGCCUCCGCUACCACCACCACAACAGUCAGCACCACUACCACCACUAGCAGCGCCAGGCUAGAGAGGAAGCAUGGCUCCUCCGUUAAAAGGGCUCAGAGCAUGAAAGGUAAGUCACGGUUGCUGAAUGUCCCAAUUGUUUAAUUUUGUUCGAUUGUAAAGUGCAAU